GGAUCAAUACUCAUUACCAAAGAGCUACUUCCUAAAUCCUCUUCACCAUUCAUUUCAGUGAGGUGAACCUUUUUGUUUGUUGUUGACACGGGAAUUGGAUUUCUGCUUCUGGUGUUUAAAAAUUGUAAUAACGCAAACAUUGUGACUUACGCAUGACCUGUGAAGGCCAACGUAAACGUAUGUUCAGUUUCCUAUUUAAAAUUCCUUCAACUCAAAAUGCUAACCCCUCGCUUCAAGUUAGCCCAAGACGAGAACCGCGUGUAUAUAACCGUGCACGCACCGUAUACAAACAUCGGCGAAACUGAGAUCGACGUUGAUGGUGAGAAUGUUUUGUUUGUCUCCGCUCCUUACUUUUUAAGACUCCGUUUGCCAGGACGGAUAGUUGAGAAUGAUCUCUCGAAGGGUUCCUAUUGCUGCGAUUCGGGGGAUUUCAAACUUGUGUUUGAAAAAGAAACUCCUGGGGAACACUUCGAAAAUCUCGAUAUGAUAACCAGUUUGCUGGCACCGCGAGACAUACCAGAUAUUAACCCCAAUUUGGUAGAAAUGCUUGAGGAGGACGGGGUUACAAUUGAGCAAGAGGACAGCGAGGAUGAUGAUGGUGAUGAUGCUAUUUUAGGGUGCCAAUACCCUUUUGGAUUCGCAAACAGUAUAUUAACAGAGUUCAAAGAGAUUGGUACUGAAUUUCCACAGAUAUUUGAACUGAGAGUACCCGAACUUGUGCCUGUGAAUAAACGUAACACCUUGAGAGAGCAGUAUGAAGAGCAUAAGUUCUCCUCAGAUCAUUAUUUGGCCGAUUACUUUGACAAGGAACUCUUGGCACCAUAUUUAAAUGCAACAAUGGCAUGGGUCAGUCCAGACUUUGAUCAAAACAUUGAUUUUACAGAAGAAGAAGUCAGUAUCUUGAAGGAAUUACCUAAUAAGCAUUAUAUAUUAACCAAAGCAAAAUGCGGUCAAGUUUUUUAUGGGCUUAUAGAUAUAUUGUUUGGAUAUUGCUAUGACAAAAGAACAACUUUAAAUGACAGUAAUGUAGAAUCCAGUUGGACAAUCAAUAAGUUAUCAGCAACAUUAAGCUGGUUCUGCGUCUUCAAUGACAUGAAGGAGGUACUCAUUGCAUGUUAUCGAAGGGCUCUUUCAUAUCCAAUAUUUCGCAACUUUGAUCUUUGCAACAAAAUAAAGAAUGAUCUUGCAUCGCUUCUAAGGAAAGGAAAGAAGUUUGUCAUUAAAUGUGUUAUAAGUAUCUACCAAAUGUUCAAUUUGAGUAACGAUGCGCGGUACAUUCUAAACCAGCUAUACAUUAAGGAUUACUUGAUAUUCCUGCAAAAGUGUAGGGCAGAAAAGUUUGAAGAACUGGGCAAUAAUAUUGCUAACAUUAACAUAACAAAGAAUGAUCUCUCACUAGAGAUAGUGGAAUUAGAGGUUGCUGCAGUAAUGGUACAACAGGAAGAGAGUCAGAUUAUGGAAAAUGAAAUGGCUGUUCAAAUGGCUUCAAUGUCUUUGUUACCGGGAUUAAAGAAAUUAAGCGAUUUCAUUAUUGAUGAUGACAGUGAUAGUUCUGAUUCAAGCUCAAGUGAUUCAAGCAGCGACUCAUCUGAUGAUACUUCUGAUUUAGAUUCAGAUGAUGAACCAUCUUGACAGUUCCUAAUGAAUUUGACUGGAAUGGGAAUCUAAUAAAUUCAGUAGAUGGAAUAUCUAUGGAUAGACAAAGUGUGAACACUGAGUGGAACUCAAGGGACUGACAAUUAUCUAGAUAAUAGAGUUAUCGUUUUGAGGAGAAUAGAAUAAGAUGAUAGUGAUAAUAAUCUGAAGUCAUAGUAUGCAAAUGCACAUAAUAUAGUAGUAAUGUUUACUCUUGUGUAAUCACUUGUACAACGGUUACAUUGUUAGCAGUAAGAACCUUUUAAGCGACAUGCAAAGCUUCCUGUUGAAAAUACCUAAAUAUACUAUGAAAAGUAUCAGUUAAGGUAAAAUUAAAGUGAUUGUAAAACACAAAGAUGUAGGUGUAGUAAUAUGCAAAAGUGUGCACAGAAAACAUUUUAACACAGCAAGAUUAGGGAUUGUGUUAAACAGAAGUUUCAAUAAUUAAUGUUAAAAAUGAUGAUUUAUGAUCAAUCAUUCCUGCAUGUUAAUUUUUAAUAAUGCUGUAUUUGUAUGGUAAGCAACACUCAUUAAAUAUUGCAAUUGCAAUGUGAUACCUGGGUAAAUAUUUUGUAAAACUAUAUUUAAUCAAAUUUUUGAAAUGACAAUCUGAUUUUUGCCUUAUUUUAUAUCUAUUGAUAGCCUAUACCAGUCCACUGCUGGACUAAAGGCCUCUCCACAGGGGAGGGUUUACUCAUAAUAACCACAAUGGGCAGAAGGAUUGGUGAUUGCAGUAGAUAGACCAUAGCACAGCAGAUGCUGCUGGCUGUUCUGUUAUAAUCCCUUAGUUACCUCACAUGACACCCACAAGUAGAGUGGGGUAUUUGAUAUUACCAAAAAUAACUUCUUGACCAGUGAAGGUCAGUACUCAAUCAUCCCUGCCCAUUAAUAAAUUUAUUAUAAUGUAAUAUCUUUAAACAAGCAAUUCUUGUAUAUAUAUAAUUUGAAUCUCUAAAUUGGCUCCAACGAUUUUCAUAAAAUGUAGUAUACAUCGAUCGAUCGAUAAAUCGGUCUAGCGAGGAUUCAUUUAUAUUGGAAUCUCGGGAAAGAACAGCAAAAGAUAUCCUUUUUGAGAGAUAUUCUGAUACGUCCGAUGCGUGAACGGUAAACGUUACGCCAAACGACGGAAGUAU